CAGAUGGAUUGUAUCCUGUUUGCAGUUGAGGCAAACUUUUUCCAGCAGCCGCUUUUUCUCCAAUCCCCUCAGGAGAAUUGGAGCCAGCUAGCAUGGCCCUCGGGGUGCUGUUUUUACUGGUGGCAUUUACUCAAGACAGCCUUUGUGUUUCAAAUAACACAAGCACAUCUAGUCUCCUGGAGACAUCAACAAUUACCGGUACAUCAAUUACAGCAACUCUAACAGUCUCAAAUACAACCCCGAGCGGAGCAGAUGUUACCUCAAAAGCAGCCAGCUCACCUGUGCCCCAAUCCACUGGAGCCACAAGCAGCACCACAAAAACAAAGGACUCGACCACCAAAUGGAGCACCGUGACUUCUCCUACCGGAUCCAAAGAGCCUCUCAUUACUACCCAAAUGGCUGAGUCCACCAACGGCAGCACUCCGGCAGGACCGCUUAGCACCGAACCGGCAUUUUUAACAAAACCAGGCCUGGUGGUUGUGAUCUGCCUCUUCGUCUUUGUCUUAGUCAUUGUGGCAGUUGUGGUCUUAAUAAAAUGCUGCCGUCCAAAGGAACCAGCCUUUAAGAAGUUGGACGAGGUGCCGAUGGGAAAAGUUGCAGAAGAUUCUCCAUUUGCCCGAUUCCCACCAAAAUAACCAAGCAGGCUCUUUCCGACUCAUCUUCUGGACACUUGCUCCAUGGAUAUUUUAAGCAAGUGUCAAGAAUGUCUACUCCACCCGAGAGACUUUGUGUGUGAAAUAAACUUGUUCUAGUUGCAUGAGUGCCAACUACUGUUUUGUGUCAUUUAGCUGCUCUGGUAUCUGUGUAUGUGUGUGU